UUAUGAAGAAGAAGAACAAGAAAGGAUUUGAGCUUAUCCAGUUUGACAGGGAGUCUCCGUCUUCUUCAGUGGACACAAGCAGAGACAGCAGCAGCAAGACGAAGGUAGCUGCUGAUGGAGAAAAACCAAGCAUGAAGGAGAGGAGGAGAUGGAACCCGAGGGAGACAAAAGAUUUGUCAAUAGAUGAACAAAGAGCUGAAUUUGAGGCCAAGUAUGAACAGCAGAAUCAGCUCGGCAAAGGAGGCUGUGGAUCUGUAUUUGCUGGCUAUCGCAAAGCAGAUAAUUUACCUGUUGCUAUCAAACAUAUACCAAAAGACAAAGUGUUCUGCAAACAAGUGGACAACAAUGGGAAGCAGCUCUCUGUGGAGGUGGCCAUAAUGUUAAAACUCGCUGGUGGACAAACUGGAUCAGUGGGAAAGUCGGCGCCCGUGUCCUUACUGGACUGGUAUGAUCUGGACCGGGAGCUGAUCUUGGUGCUGGAGAGACCGGUCCCCUCCCAGGACCUCUACAAAUACAUCAAGGUCAAUGGAGGCUCCCUGCAAGAGCAGGAGGCCAAGCUCAUACUGAAACAGCUGGUUGAUGCAGCAAUAGAACUUCAAGAUAAGAACGUCUUUCACAGAGACAUCAAGGUGGAAAAUAUCCUGAUUGAGACCGGCUCAGCAGUCCCGCGUGUUCGCCUCAUUGACUUUGGACUGAGCUGUUUUGUCAAGAGAGGAUCAUUUUACCGGGUCUUUUACGGUACAUCUGCUCACAUUCCUCCCGAGUGGUAUAGUCAGUGUACCUAUAAGGCCGGCCCGACCACAGUGUGGCAGAUGGGAGUGGUCCUGUUUGAUACACUCCACAGUAAAACACCGUUUGAGACCACCAAGUUCCUGGGAAACAAACUGAAAAUCAGCAAUAACCUGUCCAAAAGUUGUCGGGACUUCUUGCAAACGUGUUUGACCAAAUGCCCUGAGCAACGCCACACUCUGGAACAGCUCCAGCUUCACCCAUGGCUCAGAUAAACCAACACACACUCUUUAA